ACGUCAAUUAUUCCGCGUUGGCCUGGACGUGGCACCGAGGAGGAGCUGCGCCCACUUCGCCGAUCUCCGGUCCUUCUCUACUGUUUUUCCUGUCUUUUGGCCGGGACCAGCAGCUUCGCCCGCACUGACCGGCUGACAUCUUCCUCCGUCAAGUUUCAACCAUCCCAGCGCUGAACAGGGACAUUUUAAUUUAAAAUGGGUUUGACGAUCUCGUCUCUGUUCUCCAGGUUCUUCGGGAAGAAGCAGAUGAGGAUACUGAUGGUCGGUUUGGACGCAGCUGGAAAAACAACGAUCCUGUACAAACUGAAGCUCGGAGAGAUCGUCACCACCAUCCCAACUAUCGGUUUUAACGUGGAAACGGUCGAGUACAAGAACAUCUGUUUCACAGUCUGGGAUGUUGGUGGACAGGACAAGAUCAGACCUCUGUGGAGACACUACUUCCAGAAUACACAGGGUCUCAUCUUUGUAGUGGACAGUAAUGACAGAGAGAGAGUAGCAGAAUCUGCUGAGGAGCUCUCCAAGAUGAUCCAGGAGGAUGAGCUGAAGGAGGCAGUUAUUCUGGUGUUUGCUAACAAACAGGAUCUUCCUAACGCCAUGGGAGUCAGCGAACUCACCGAUAAACUGGGUCUGCACAGCCUCCGCAGCAGAACUUGGCACGUCCAGGCCACCUGUGCAACUCAGGGUACUGGUCUGUACGAGGGUCUGGACUGGCUGUCCACUGAGCUGUCAAAACGUUAGAUCACUGGACAGGAAACAAGAAGCUGCUGAUUCCAUCAACUGAAUUCACCGUGUACAAACCGAUGAAGAGGAGGAGCAAUUCAAAGAACUGUUUUUUUGUUUUUUUUAAAUUAUAAAUGUGUCUGUCUGUAGGAGGAAGUGAUGUCAUGGACUCUGAGCUCACUUUGAUUUCCCAUCAGCCACUUCUGUUCUUCCUGCAGAUAUUUGUUAGAUCUGUUUGUUUAUUUUUUAAUCCGCAUGUUUUAAUUCAGAAUCACGUGACAGGAAGUUAUGGAGGAGGAGGGUGGCGCUCGACAGGUGACCGUGUACCUGUGGGCAGGGGGCGGGGUUUAGUUUAUGAUGACAGCUGACAGUGUACCUGUGGGCAGGGGGCGGGGUUUAGUUUAUGAUGACAGCUGACAGUGUACCUGUGGGCAGGGGGCGGGGUUUAGUUUAUGAUGACAGCUGACAGUGUACCUGUGGGCAGGGGGCGGGGUUUAGUUUAUGAUGACAGCUGACAGUGUACCUGUGGGCAGGGGGCGGGGUUUAGUUUAUGAUGACAGCUGACAGUGUACCUGGUCGUGUGAUGACUCGUUCCACAGAGCCGAAGGCCUCGUCAUUCCUUUAAAUGUGAAGAAGUAGAGACGAUGAUGCAAUAAAGGGUUUUUUUCUUCUCA